AUGACCUACACCCCUCGAAGGCAAGUUGCCUACUACUACGAUUCCGACGUUGGCAACUUCUACUAUGCGCAGGGCCAUCCCAUGAAGCCGCAUCGCAUGCGAAUGACGCACAACCUCCUCGUUGCCUACGAAUUGUUUGACAAAAUGGAUGUUCUCGCCGCGCCAAGAGCCUCAGAGCGCGACAUGACCCGCUUCCAUUCCGACGAAUAUAUCAGCUUUCUCAAAGUUAUUACUCCUGAAAUGCUCACAGAGCAGAUUCCCUCCUUAGGCCGAUUUAACGUUCUCGAGGAUUGCCCCGUCUUUGACGGCCUUUUUGAGUAUUGCCAGAUAGCCGCAGGCGGAUCCUUGGCAGGCGCCGCUCGUCUCAACUCCGGUGAUAGCUCUAUUGCGAUCAACUGGGCGGGAGGAUUGCACCAUGCGAAGAAAGCGGAGGCUUCUGGUUUUUGCUAUAUUAAUGACUGUGUCCUGGCCAUCCUCGAGUUGCUCAAGGUCCAUCCGCGUGUGCUGUAUGUGGAUAUUGACAUUCAUCAUGGCGAUGGCGUAGAAGAGGCCUUCUAUACCACAGACAGAGUAAUGACUGCAAGUUUCCAUAAGUUUGGAGACUACUUUCCUGGGACAGGAGAUGUGUCUGACGUGGGCAUUGGUCGAGGGAAACAUUACUCGGUUAAUUUCCCACUGCGAGAUGGAAUCAAUGAUGAGACGUAUCGCGAGAUUUUUGUGCCGGUUAUGGCGCGAAUUAUGGAUUGGUACCAACCGAAUGCCGUCCUUCCCUACAACGAAAACUACGAAUUCUACGGUCCCGAUUUCCGCCUGCACAUCGCACCGAGCAACAUGGAAAACCACAACACCCCUGAAGAGCUGCAGAAAACGAAAGCGAGGAUAUUCGAGAACCUGCGACAUCUGCCCUUUGCCCCAAGCACGCAAUUCAUGGACACGCCCAGGCAAUCGCCGUUGGUGGCUCUGCGAAACACUCGGGAUGGGGAGGAUAAUAGAGAUCCCGAUCAGCGGUAUAAGAGUCACCGACGCAAGACAGUGGUUGACUAUGCAGGUUCAGAUGAUGAGGACGAUGAUCAGUGCAUUAGUUCGCUGAGGAAGUCUAGCAAGCGACCGAAGCGUUUGAACUUCCCAUCGCGGCGAAAGGUAGUGUCGACUAUGGGGCGAACUAACGGUGAAAAGAAUAAGGUUGGCGUACCCUCGUUGGGACGAGAGGAGUACUCGCCAAGACGUCGUGGGGAGAACCAAAGUGAUAGGGUGGAGUCGAUUCGACUCACAACGGCUUCAGGUGCAGGAUGGAGAGAUUGGUCACGGGGACAAGGACAUGGUUUGGGAAGCACUGGCAGCAAAAAUGCAAUGGCGGAUGAGGACGGGGUAGGGAGAGAAGUGACGCAGAGUCGGGAGUUGACUAGCCGGGGACGAGAAGAGGAAAUGGUGCGUGAGGGAAAGAAAAUUGAAGAGAAGAAGGUCGAACUGGUUGGGACAUCUGAUAAGAGAACAGGACGUGGACAUGGAGUUGGUGAAAAUGGAGUAAGGGAGAGCGAGGACGCGAUGGAGGUGGACAGCAACAAGCGAGUCUAUACUGAGGAGAAAUACGAAGCAAAACAAGACAGGAUGGAGAAUGGACGCAAGGACAAUGAGAGGGAAGGGAAAAAGGGUGCGAAAUCGGAGAACGUAAGAGAGAGCGGAUCGGGGAAAGCGGAUGAGGACAUGGGUGUAGAAGAGAAGCAACGGGAUGGGAAGGAGCUGGAGACGCGAGAAGGUGGUGCAGAGGGGGGGGAAGACGUUAUUCGAACGUCAGGAGAUGGGUUGGAGAUGAAGCAGAGUUUCGAGGGCGCGGAAGGGAGACGUGCGGCUGCGGGUGAGAACGGUGAUGUGGGGAGGGACGAGGCAAACAGUAACGUGGAGGCGGAUGCCAAGAGCGAGUCAAGUGGGGCGGACGGGAGAAGAGAGAAGUGGCACGGGAGGGGUGCGAGCGCAGGUGCGGGUGCUGGUACGGGUGGGGCUGCGGCUGCGGGCUCCCGACAGAGGCCGGGGAGGUGGGGAAGGAGGUGCUGCAGGUGUGGAAUUGUACGCGCCCAGGGAGGCGGGGCAGAGGCGAUAAUAGAGCUGCCACGUGUCUGGUGGUUUCGUGCAAGCAAUUUGCCGUAUGUACUGUACUCUGGGGUCACCGUGAGUCGCCUCAUGCCGCCGAAUAUUUCCCGAAUCUCCGAAGCCGUUACACAUUCAACACGUGUACCACAGAGGGCCCCCGCAAUUCGCGUAUCUGCCUCUUGUACGAGCACAACCCAUUCGACCUCUGCACAAACACUUUGCUGUUGCUCUACUUUGCUUCCCCCUGCACUUCCUGCCCCUGCUACACAUCUCCGUCCCAACCACUAUCUGCUUGUCUGUUCUCUAUCCUUCAUUAUGGCAUCCCCAGACUUAGUCCCUUCCAAGUCCAUCUCUGAACUCUCAUUACCUGUCCACCCUGUAGACCACGCACCCCCCACCAACCCCUCCCAUUUCCGAGUCGAAGCCGGCGCCCCCCAGCUUAUCCGUUUGGCGGGCUUCCGCGACGUCUUCGCCCGUUACCACAACAGCCUCGACAAUGCAGUCUGCGACUUUGGCCCCGACGACAAGGUUGACUGCCGCUGCGACACCCUCCAGGGCACCAUGGAGUGCGACGUCCCGCGGUCUGACCACGUCUCCACAGACGAGCACACUGAUACUCUCACCGUCCGCGCAAAAGUCGCGGAGUUCGAAACCCCCCUAAUGGUCAUCCGCUACCACGUCACCCCCUUCGAGGAGCACAACGUCCUCAUGGCGCCCGACGACUUCCAGCCCGAUGACUUCCAGCCCGAGACCCGUCCCAAUCUGCACAGGCGUCUCCUCGCCUAUAUCACAGGCGAUCGACAAGGACAUCGAAAGGGAACAAUUCACACCCGCACCGCCGCCCUCUUGCACCAGUGCGUCGCAGAGUGCAUCGGCACCAUGUUUAUCGUGGUCUUCGGAGUCGGCUCCGUGUGCGUGGCCAUCCUCACAAACACCAGCAGUGGUCUGUGGCAGAUAGCCACUGUCUGGGGAUUCGGCGUCGCUCUCGCUAUCCUCGCCACCGCAAGCGUCUCCGGCGCCCAUCUCAACCCUGCCGUUUCCCUAGCCAUGGCUCUGUUCCGGCCCAAUGACUUUUCGUUCCGCAAGCUCAUUCCGUACUGGUGCGCCCAAUAUCUCGGCGGUGUCCUUGGGGGCGCCUUCAAUCUCAUGAUCUAUGGUCCGCUGUUUCGCUACCAUGAACAACAAGGGGGAAUUGUUCGCGGCUCGGCAGAAAGCGUCCUCACCGCGCGCGCCUUUGGCGAGUACUUUCCCGAUCCUGGGCUCGGGCCGACCAUAAUUUCUCCGGAAGCAUGGGGAACUGGUAUAUUGAUGUUUGUUAUUCUCGCCUUGACAGAUUCACGACAAAAAAUUAUCCAGAACAAGGAAAUGCUCCCAUUUUACAUCGGCUUCACUGUCGCCGUGCUGAUAACACUGUACGCGCCGCUCACGCAAGCUGGAUGGAACCCUGCCCGCGACUUUGGACCCCGACUGGUCGCCGCCAUGGCCGGCUGGGGAAAGAUUGCCAUCCCUGGCCCGCGCAAUGGCUUUUGGGUGUACAUUGUAGGUCCUAAGAUCGGAGCUCCGAUAGGAGCACUUUUAUACGACCUUCUCAUCGCACGCGGGUUGAGAGAAUAG